GCCCGAGCACACGGGGGCGCGCCGCGCCGGCUGCAGGCAGGUUGACACACUUUCCUCCUGCUCUGCUGCUUUACACAUGCAGCUGGAGAGGCUGUAGUCCAGACGCUGCACGGCUAUCGGGCGCUCCGACGCUGACUGGAUAAAGAGCUGAACACUGCUGCAGGAAACCUGAGAGCUCCGGCUAACAGGACGGAAUUAGAAAGAGGAAAAGCAGAGAGCGGAUGUGUGUUGUUUGACCUGACUGAGAGCUGAUCCGGAGUGUGGGCUUUGUAGUCACUGAGGUCAGCUGGAAGUGUGAUUGUUCCGUGGACAGCGGGUACUAACACCUAAACGGCAGAGCAGCUCCGGGCACUGAAGCUUUAACCCAGAGAAUAAAGCGGGAUUAAGUAUCUGGUGGCUUGGACUGAAAGUCGGAGACGGACUGACAGCGGCGGCUAUAGUUGUUAGAUAACAUUCAACAAGGUUUCCAAACGAAAUGGGCAAAGGAGUUCCGGUCACCUUCUAAGAUGUUUCCUCACCACAGAGAAAGGGAGCAGCCGAUAUUCAGCACUCGUGCCCAUGUUUUCCAGAUUGAUCCCACCACCAAGAGGAACUGGAUACCUGCUAGCAAGCAUGCUGUGACAGUGUCCUUCUUCUAUGAUGCCAAUCGCAAUGCCUAUCGUAUUAUUAGUGUGGGUGGAACCAAAGCAAUUAUCAACUGCACUGUUACACCAAGCAUGACAUUUACUAAGACAUCUCAGAAGUUUGGCCAGUGGGCUGACAGCAGAGCCAAUACUGUCUAUGGACUGGGUUUUGCCACAGAGCAGCAGUUGCAUCAGUUUUCAGAGAAGUUCAAGGAUGUUAAAGAUGCUGCUCGAUUGGCCCGAGAAAAAUCUCAGGACAAAGAACUAGCCAACACAGCUCUCACAAUUGCAGCCCCUCAGUUCUCACAGGACCUCUCGGAUGAACUCCAGUCUCCCCCAGUGAUGUGUGUGAAUGGACCAGAGGACAAGCUGUUUCGCAGUCAGAGUGCAGAUAUCACUCUGGCCUCUGAGAAGGAGAGGAUUAAGAAGAUGCUGUCAGAAGGAUCUAUUUGUGAGAUUAACCUGGAAGCUGAGCUUUUCACUCUACAGGACAGUAACUCUAAGUUGGUGGCGGCUUUGCAUGAGGCCAACGCUAAUGUGGAACAAUGGAAGAAACAAUUAGCAGCUUAUCAGGGGGAAACUGAAAGACUCAGAGAACAGGUUUCUGAACUAGAAGCCCAUGGAGGCCAGGGACCCAGCGAGCUGCUGAAGGAUGAGCUAACCCAGUCCCUGGAGGAGCUGGAGGCCUUGCUGAAGGCCAAAGAUGAGGAAAUUCACAUUUUACAAAGUAAGAAAGCAGAGUACCAUGAGAUGGAACAUGAGCGGGAUGAAGCCAUUCUCAGAUUAAGGGAAAUGGAGAUGCGAAGCUCAGAGUUGGAGCGUCGCAUCCAGAACACAGAGCAGACACUGAGUAAUUCUCUGGAGGAACGAGAUCGCAUGGAUACUGAGAUCCAGAGGGCCAUAGAAAUUCUGGACAUUAAGAUUUUUGACCUGAACGAUCUUCGGCAGAGCCUUGUAAAGCUUCUUGACAAAUAAGAAGGGCUGAGGAAAGAUGUCAACAUGGAAUCAACUGACAGAAAAGGAAUACCUAAUGUGGUUACAUUUCUCAUUGUUAUAGCGACAAGCAAACUAAAAAGGUUUGAGCUGAUCCCUGUGCUACAGAGCACAUAAAUCACUAUUGGAAGGGAGGAUCACUCCAUAUCUGUGCUCAACCAGAGGCUGCUGUGUAUUCAUCAAGAUAAUUUACAGUAGGUAGAGGCCUAAGCAACAUCAUAUGUGGUAAUGCUUCUCAGACCUAAUCUAUAGCUUCAAGUUGCAUUCAAAAAUUAACUAAAUGCAAUAAGCAAAUUUUAAAUAAGUGCUUUAAUAACAUAGAUUUUCAAACAGGUACUUAUAUUUUCAUUAAACUUGUAAAAGAUAGCAGCACAGUGCUAUAAUAAAUAAACAGCAAUUUUGUUCAUCGUCACAACAAUUUGAGACUGUAAGAGAAAAGGAGCAAAACGCUUGAUUUUUUUUAAUGAAGGCAAAUACAGAGCAAGAAAAAAAUACUUAGACUUGCCUAUUUAAGAAACUUAACUCUAGUUAAAUAGAUAAUCUUAUAGUUAGCUUAACAUGUCCAAGUUAUGCUAUGUAAUACUGGGAAGACAUUGAACUUAAGUUCUUUUUUUUUAAUGUAAGUGAUCAAAUAUCAAUAGGACUGUAUUGUUUGAUUAAUGGAAAUACCAGAUCUGAAUUUUGACACCAAAGAUCAAAUGUUAAGUGCAGAAUAUGUAAGACCUCUGUUAAUAAUUGCAUCUUUUUUUAAAAUAAACUUUAAAUUAUUAUGUCCGAGUAACUCUAAAGAAUGUGUUAGUAUAGAGAAUUUAGGGAAACUAAAUUAGGAUAAAUAAGGCCUUUCUACAGAAUAUAUUUAAGCACACAAAUAUUUGCCAUAUUAAUUUUACUUUUGAAGAUUAUCUUCUGUGCGUUACCUUAAACUAUACUAACCUUUAGGUUAAGACUAGACAUUUCAAUGACCAUAUCAUAUUUAAGAAAGUUUGUUUUACCUUCAAUAUUUCAUUUAAUGUUCUUGAUUUCUAUCAUUUGUUUCACUGAUUUAUGAACAAUAAGCCAGGAGCUUUUGAGAGUUUGGUUGUACUCAAUAAAUAACUCAUAUUUCCUGUAUAAUUUGCAGAAUAUAAUUUGAAAUGGUCUUGAUUGCUUGCAUGAUUUUUCUCUUUUCAGGCCUUACUGAUCACUUCUUCCAAUGGUAGUGAAGAGACUUGACAGCUUUGUCUUAGACUCUGAGUUAUCAGGGAGGAAAUAAAUGCAAUGUUUUUUUAAUAGUU